AACCGAGAAGCUCUAGUCGAUUGAUACGUUACGUUAGUGUAAUUUUGAACUGAAAUUUUUCUAACGUAUAUUCGUAGAAUCGUAAACUUCAACAUAUAUUGCGCUGGAGGGUGGAGAAUGUCUAGAAGCUCGAACGUCGAGAAUCUCUCUCCACAAGUGAUUCGACAAGUGUCAAAGGAGUUAUGGGAACUAGUCUCAAGUCCUCCUGAAGGGAUAAAAGUAUUCAUAAAUGAAGAAGAUAUUACAGAUAUUCAAGCUGCGAUUGAAGGCCCAGCUGGAACACCUUAUGCUGAUGGCCUUUUUCGUCUGAGGCUCAUUUUGGGCAAAGAUUUCCCUUCAUCACCACCGAAGGUUUUUUUCGUCACAAAGAUUUUUCAUCCGAAUGUUGCUAGAAAUGGGGAAAUUUGUGUCAACACCUUGAAAAAGGAUUGGAAGGCAGAUCUUGGACUGAAGCAUAUACUUCUGACUAUAAAAUGUCUUCUGAUUGUUCCUAAUCCCGAGUCUGCUUUAAAUGAAGAAGCCGGAAAAUUACUGUUGGAAAGAUAUGAUGAUUACUGUGAAAGAGCUCGGAUGAUGACAGAUAUUCAUGCUCGGCCACCAAAAACCACCAAAGAAGGAUUGGAAGAUCCUCAAUCUUCUACUGGGCCAAGUGCAUCAAAAGGAGAAGGUCCGACGGCAAAAAAGCAUGCUGGAGACAAGAACAAGCUUAUUGUGGAGAAGAAAAAUCUUAAGAUGUUGAAAGAGAAAAAGAGAACAUUGAAAAGGUUAUGAUGACAGAAACCAAUGAUUUUAUUUAUGAGCGGAACAUGCCAGGUUCCAAGAAUCACUGAAUGCUUUUGCCAUCAUGAAUGAACAGCUAUUAUAGAUGGACAAAAUUGCAAUUUAUAUCCAUUUGUGAUGUCUUAUCUGUGUUCUGUACAGUUUCAUUAAAGUUGUGUUUAUUUACUCAUUAAAUUUAA